GAGUCGUCCGGGGAGCCGCCGGAAGUCGCUCAAAAGAGGCAGGAAGUCCCUCCCCUUCCUCCCAGAGGGAAGACGGUGAGCCGGAGGAGUCAGUCAGAGGGGCUAGCAGGAGCGAUUCCGUCGGCAAACAGGUUAUGAAUGCCAAGUGAGCCCCCUAUGACACAAGAAAGGUCAUUAGCACUUUAUUAAUGAUGGAUACUGAGAAGAAACCGGAGAAUGAUGAGGAUGAGAAAGUAAAAAAAGAAGCAAAAGACUUGGAAAAUAUUUCAUCCCCUGAUGUAGAUGGUGGGCCUAUAUCCGAUUUGGAAUCCUCCGAGAAUUCCACAAGCAAAAGAGGUCUUUCAGAAUCAUCAAACUUUGACAGUGUCGUUGUGGAGGAAGACGAAAAUAAACAUGCUUCCAAACGAAUGAAAUUAGCCGAGGCAGAGCCCCUUAAAUCCGCGGAGCAGGGCGUUCGUGGAUCAGAAACGUCUGAGAGCACAGUCUCAGAAGUGGACAUCCCUUUAGAGGAGGCGGUGAAAGAGUCCCUCCUGAGUGACUGCUUGGAUGGAAGCACAUGUCUUCCCAAUGCCUUCUCUCCUCUGGGCAGUUUAAGCACUGUUGACUCUGUUUCUCUGAAAACGGACACUGAAAAAAAGUCUGCUCAGGAGAUGGUUUCCCUCCAUCCAGAAAGAGAACCUCCUUUUCCCCUGAAAGAGAUUAGUGUUAGUUGUACCAUUGGAAAUGGAGAGACAGUUUUCAAGUGCAAUGAGUGUGGUCAUUUGUUUUCUUCUUGCUCUGAUUUGGAAAAGCAUGCCGAAUGUCACUUGCAACAGUCUAAGGAACAUGCCUGCUGCCACUGUAGCCACAAAGCGGAGAGCAGUGCAGCUCUUCAUAUGCAUGUCAGACAGACACAUGGGCCACAGAAAGUCUUUUCUUGUGAUCUUUGUGGUUUUCAGUGUGUGGAAGAAAACCUGUUGAAUGCACAUUAUCUUGGCAAAACACAUCUCCGGCGUCAGAAUCUUGCUGCUCGUGGAGGAUUUGUACAGAUCUUAACAAAACAGCCUUUUCCUAAGAAACCAUGUACUAUGGGAACAAAAAAUAUUCAUGCAAAACCAAGAGGUUCUAAACCAAUGGCAAAGAAUAGUGAUUCAAAAGGAUUACGAAAUGUUGGAAGCAAAUCUCAAGAUUUCAGAGGAAGCAUUUCUAAACAGAGUGGAAGUAGCAGUGAGCUCCUUGUGGAAAUGACGCCUUCCAGGAAUACUUCGUCGGAAAAAGGAGAGAUUGUUGAAGAAAACAUAACUGCCCCUGGAAUGGUUCAAAAUCCUGAAAACCAGAGUAAAAAGUUAGGAGCUUUAGUAACCUCGGAGGGUCUCUUAGAUACAUUGGAAUCUACCAAAAAUACGUUACAGUCAGCACAUGGUGUCAGCACAGCCUUGAGACCGAGACCUGAGCGCAGUGUUCUCAUGUUGGGUCAUAGCUUCCGGAGACGAAGUGGCACUUUCACCUUAAAAGGCCAGGCAAAGAAAAGAUUUAAUCUUUUAGGAAUUAAUAAAAGAGGGACUAAUGAAACUCAGAGGAUGUAUAUGAAACACUUCAGAACACAGAUGAAAGCAAGUGAUGCAGAGUCAACAUCUAAACAUGUAGAAACGAGUGGCAGUAUCCACACUCUGUGCGUGACUUCCUUGGAAACCCAGGACCCGAAGCAGGACAAAAGAACCUCUCAUAUCCCGUGCUCCUUUGAUUCUCUCACAGUCAGGCCAGCUUCUGACCAUCAGAUGUUGUGUACUUGUGCAGACUGUGGUCAGAUAGCUACAAAUAGAGCAGAGUUGGAAAUCCAUGUGAAAAGGUGCCACGCAAGAGAGAUGAAAUUUUACUGCCAGACAUGUGACUUCUCCAGUAUAUCGAGGAGGGACUUAGAUGAACAUUUGCACAAUAACCAGCAUCAGCAAACUGCUUCUGCCCUCAGUUGUCAGUGUUGUUCGUUUAUUUCCUUGAAUGAAAUAAAUCUUAGAGACCAUAUGAAGGAAAAGCACAGUAUGGGUUUUCUUUGUACUCCUUGUAAUCUGUUCUUCUUGUCUGAGAAAGACAUGGAAGAACACAAAACAACUGAGAAGCAUGUUCGCUUAUUGGUUCAACCAAAGACUUCUCAAUCAUUUAACAAUGAUUUGGUUUUACAGACUUUACCUUUAAGUACUUUAGAAUCGGAAAACACAAAAGAUUCUAUGAGUGAGUCGGGAAAAGCAGCUCAGGAAGAACCUGCUAAGCCCAGGGUAAGCCAUGGAAAUGAAGUAAGGCAUUCAAGUAAGCCUCAGUUUCAAUGUAAGAAGUGUUUUUAUAAAACAAGGUCUUCCACCGUUCUUACAAGACACAUAAAGCUCCGGCAUGGUCAAGACUAUCACUUUCUUUGUAAGGCAUGUAACCUUUAUUCAUUGAGCAAAGAAGGAAUGGAGAAACACAUUAAGAGAAGCAAGCAUCUUGAAAAUGCUAAGAAAAAUAAUAUUGGCUUAAGCUUUGAAGAAUGUAUUGAAAGGGUAUGUAUAGGUGCAAAUGAUAAAAAAGAAGAGUUUAACAUUUCUGGAAAUGGUAGGGUAGAAGGCCAUGUAGAAGGUGUGCAAUUACAGGAGCAUUCCUGUCUUGAGAAGAGCAUGCUAACUACCAAGGAACUGUCACAGUCUGGUAUAAUCACCAAAGAGGAUGCAUUAGCUCUGACCACUGCAAAGAGAGGGAGACCUAAAGGUAAUAUCUCAAGGACAUGUUCGCAUUGUGGUCUUUUGGCCUCUAGUAUUACAAACUUGACUGUUCACAUUAGACGAAAACACAGUCACCAAUAUAGUUAUUUAUGCAAAGUGUGUAAGUAUUAUACUGUAACUAAGGGAGAUAUGGAGCGUCACUGUGCCACCAAGAAACAUAAAGGGCGGGUAGAAAUAGAAGCAAAUGGAAAACAAAGUUCAGAUAUCAUUGUUGGCCCCGAAGUGAGUAACCUUGAAGCCUGUAGAAAGAACACCAACUCAGCGAUGACCAUUUCAGAAGAACACGCUAACAAGUCAGCUGACCUAGAUACCUCCAUUCCAGAAAAGCCAGUAGUAGAGCAUGGAAAUUCAAUUGAAGUUGAAGUUGAAAAUGUAUUUCAUGCCAUAGAUGGGGAAGUUAACAGUCACCUUACUGAUAAAAAGGAACAAAUCUCUCUAGAACCAGAGGACCUUGUCCAACAGGGGGAUGCACACUCCCAGACAGAUGUAAUGGACACAAGUGAUAAUAAAUGUACACACUGUGAGUUUAAUGCUCACUCUUCUGCUUCUCUAGAACUGCACAUAAAACGGAAACAUACAAAAGAGUUUGCAUUUUAUUGCAUGGCAUGUGAUUACUAUGCUGUGACUCGUCGGGAGAUGACUAGGCAUGCAGCAACAGAAAAACACAAGAUAAAAAGACAGUCUUACUUGAACUCUUCUAACGUAGAAGCGAGUUCUGCAGAAAUGUCCAAAAACAUCAUUAUAGCCGAAGAGCAGCAGCAACAAAAUUCUGAAGAAUUUCAAAUAAUUUCAGACCAACCAUCUGAAAUUCUUAAAUCGAGAAAUACUGCUGGUUCUAUUUUGGAUGAGAACACUAAUUUGGAUAUGUCUAAAGUACUCUGUGCUCCUGACUCUGUGGAAAUUGAGACUGAAGAAGACUCUAAUCUCAGUGAAGAUCAUUCCUUUUGUGAAACUUUCCAACAGCCCCUUGCCAAGGAUAAAGUUAUGAAACCUGACGAGAUAGUGUCCCUUAAUAUUUCCUCUAAUUAUGACUCCCCAAGAAAAUUUCAGAAUGAAAAUUUGGGAAGCUCACCUUUCAAUUAUGAGACAGUAAAGAAAAACCACAGUGUGUUGAAUGACAUCGUUGAUCCAAAUAUUCAUUGUGAGAGCGAUGGAGGAAAUGUAGGAGGUGAUGCAGAUAAGGUCUUUAGCAAACAUGUGUGUGCUGGAGUUCUAGGUGGAGAGCAGUCAGCUGACAGCACCAUCCCUGUUGUGAUGGGAAUGACAAGAGAACAGCUAAACCUGGAGAGCAGUGGUCAAAGCAAAGUUGGAAGUGUGCAGAGUUCAGAGGGUUUGAAAGAUAGGCAAGAAGAUCCUGUUCUGGAGAAUAAGGAAAUUCUGAUGAAUUCCCAACAUGAAACUAAAAUUAUUUUGGAAGAGGAUGGUCCGGCUUCUGAUAGCACAGUUGAAAGUAAUGAUGUUUAUGAAACUAUAAUCAGUAUUGAUGAUAAAGGACAGGCCACGUAUCGUUUUGGCCGGUUUGAUUCCUCCAUAAUAAGAAUAAAGAACCCUGAAGAUGGUGAAUUGAUAGAUCAGUCUGAAGAUGGUCUCAUAGCAACAGGAGUGAGAAUUAGCGAGUUGCCCUUAAAAGACUGUGCUCAAGGUGUGAGAAAGAAGAAAUCUGAAGGUAGUUCCUUUGGUGAAUCCACACGAAUCCGUUGUGAUGACUGUGGCUUCUUAGCAGAUGGUUUGAGUGGACUGAACGUUCACAUAGCCAUGAAGCAUCCUACAAAAGAGAAACACUUUCAUUGUUUACUGUGUGGAAAAUCCUUCUAUACGGAGAGCAACCUUCAUCAGCAUUUGGCUAGUGCUGGGCAUAUGAGAAAUGAACAGGCCAGCGUGGAAGAGCUUCCAGAGGGAGGGGCCACCUUUAAAUGUGUCAAGUGCACAGAGCCCUUUGAUUCGGAGCAGAAUUUAUUUCUGCACAUUAAAGGGCAGCAUGAGGAACUGCUGCGGGAGGUGAAUAAGUACAUAGUGGAGGACACUGAGCAAAUCAACCGCGAGAGAGAGGAGAAUCAGGGAAACGUGUGCAAGUAUUGUGGGAAGAUGUGUCGAAGUAGCAAUUCCAUGGCAUUUCUAGCACACAUUCGCACUCACACAGGAUCAAAACCAUUCAAGUGCAAGAUAUGCCAUUUUGCAACAGCUCAGCUUGGCGAUGCCAGAAACCAUGUCAAAAGGCACCUUGGGAUGAGGGAAUACAAGUGUCAUGUCUGUGGGGUUGCUUUUGUAAUGAAGAAGCACUUAAAUACUCAUCUACUGGGCAAACAUGGAGUUGGCACCCCAAAAGAAAGGUAUCUAAUGCCUCUGAAGAAGUUACUAAAAGCAAAACAGUUUAAUCAAGUGGAUCCAGCUGUUGGAAUUGAAGAUGAAAAUAAACAAAGAAUGAAAAAAAUCUAAGAAUGUAAUCUUUCUUAGCUAGAAAUACCAGGUUGGGAUAAAUUAAAAUCUGGAAUGUGAGGUUCUGGUUCUCAAGUUUGGUGGUAAAUUCACAGAUGUUCAUUAUAUUAUUGAAUGAAUAAAUAAAAAAAGAUAGGAUCACAAAGGGACCAACGAUAACCAAAGAUUAUUUCUGGCCCAGUUUUGUCCCUUGAGGACUAUGUGGUUUUGUGCCUUGAGGUCUCUGAUUUCCCGCAUUCAGAUGACCCAUGUCAUAUACUUGAUGUGAAACAAAGAAAAGGUGGUUUUUAAAGCUGUUACUUAGUCCUCUGUCUAGUACAAAAAGUACAGCCUUCAGUGAAGGGAACAACUUUAUUGAAUGCUGAAGAGAUGGCUCUCUUAUUGGUAAUAUUAUGAAUGGAAAACGUCCAACUUCCAACAAAAAUGUCAUGUGUUAGAAAAUCAUUGGUUCUUGAAAACUAUCUGAAAUAACAGUGGUGAACUGUUAACGUAUAUGGCUGUUUAACUCACUUUUAUUAUGAGAAAAGUUUGAUUUGGAAAUUUUAGGAGGUGUUUUUUUUUUUUUUUGCCUAAUGUAAAGUUGGCAGUGGAGGGAGCCUCAGUUGACCAUGCCCUAGAGAAGUAUUUUCAUCAGAGUGAAGAGGUUCUUGGAGGAGUAGAGUUAUGAAGCUGACACCUGUUCCUCACAGAUGGAGAAGAUGCCUUUACAGAUAGAUGUGUUUCGGGAAGAAACACUCACUCCAGGGUUUCGGGCAGCUGAGGACUGACCUCAGCUGUUAGGAGUCCUGCUCAGGCUCCAGGAGUGUCUGAGACAGAAGUCUGGAUGAGCUCUAUCCUAGGAAUGGAGAUGUUUUCAUCCAAAGAUGAAAGUUGUGACUUUCAAACAGAAGUAUCUUUCUGGGGGCUGGCCCCAUGGCUAAGUGGUUAAAUUUGCACACUCAGCAUUGGUGGCCGGGGAUUCAGCAGUACGGAUCCUGGGCCGCAGAUCUACACACCACUCAUCAGGCUGUGCUGGAGCAGCAUCCCACACAGAAGAACAAGAAGGACUUACAACUAGGAUAUACAACUGGGGCUUUGGGGAGAAAGCCAAAAGAAAAGAAGAAGAUUGGCAAGAGGUGUUAGCUCAGGGCCAGUCUUUCUCACUAAAAAAGAAAAGAAAAGAAAAGAUAUAGCUUUCUUCUCAAAUACCCUGUUUUAAAUGACUGUGCUCUGCUUUAUAGUCAUUUUUCUCAUAGUUACCACCACUCGUUUCAUCUGCCUUUUCUGCUGACUUUGAUGCUGAGGCCCCACUGGAAUGUUCAAAGAACAUUGUUGGAUUGUUCUAACCUGGCUUCCUCUUGCUGUCUCCUGCGUUGUGUCAUUGUCUUCACACAUGACUUCUAGUGGACUCUGUCGUUCAUCAUUGUUUUGGCUGUAGAGACUUAGGUUGAUGUUAAUACAGUAAUGAUGUUCUGAAAUAGAGUUUAUUUUUUUCCUUUAUUGUAAGAAUUCAUAGCUUUAUUAAUGAUUUUAGACUAUAUUUAUAGAAUCACUAAGAUUCUUAAAGGAUCACUUAACUAAAAAAAAAAAAAAAACUUUUCCACCUUGUAUGAGGGCAGGUAUAUUCUAUAGGGCUUUCUAAAGGUCUCAGUUCAUAUGCCUUGCAAAUGUCAGCAGCUUACUAUAUUUAAUUUGCCCUAAUACCAGGUAGCUUAUUGCAGAAUAAUAUAGGAUUUUUGAUUUUCAGGGGAACCUUUACAUUUCAUAGGUAUGAAAACAGUUUUAGGGAGAUUUUCCCUAGAUCAUCUAGUUAUUCGAAAGUUUGGCAAUUAAAAAAUGGUCUUUGUCUACAAAUUUUGACUUUCAUUGCAUCCUUCUUUGGUAAAAAGAACUAUGAUUCCACAGUCCUUUGGUAAAGCUGUGCUCUUUCUUGGGUGAUCUUUUGAUAGCAUUGCAUAUAAUGCUUCAUAACUUCUCAGUGCUGUUAAUCUUAGUAAUUGGUGGUAAUUAUGUACAAUUUAAUAUAUGUAUGAAAGAUAAAUCCUCCCUGUUUUUAAGGUGCUUAUAGAUGAAAUAGAUUAUAUAAAAGAUAAAAAUGUGUUUGUAUAAAUGAACAAGAAAUGUUUGUUUCUAAUCUGAAGCAUAUUGCUGUAAAACUUUUGUAGUGAUGCAGCUUAUAGAAAUUACAGAUUUCUGUUUUUUUCUUUCAAUGAGGGCAUCAUUAUUGUUAUCAUUUGUUGGGAUAUAAAGUAUAAAACAAGAUUUUCCUUGAGAACAUUAUACAAUGAAAAAAUAUAUUGACUGAACAAAGAUGAAAUAUUUUUCACCUAGCAUGGAGAAAUAUAUAGGAGUGCAUUUUAGACUAUGGGGCUGACUGCAAAAUAAACUUGCAUAUGUAACAUAAAUUUGAAGCCAAGUGAAUUUCAGCUUUAAAGUUGCAUUUAACUUUGUUACAAACAAGUCAGUGUAUUGGAGAACCUUUUCAUAGAAGUUAUUGCUCAUCCAUUGAUGUCACAGCACUGGAAAAAAUCCUUUUAGAAUGGUGAAUUUUAUUGCAGUUGAAAUAUUGUGGUACUCAAUAUUACUGAAACAAAAGCUUUUUCUACAUUAAUUCAGUAGCCAGUUUUGCCACACAUUUUUCCCUCAUGUCUUGAUAAUGAUUGACAUCACACUGUGUGUGAGAAGAAUAGACAGGCAUGGGAAUUAUGAGCUAAACCACUAGUUCCAUUUUUGGCUAUUCUAGUAACACUGUUUGGCCUUAUAUUGAAUUGUGUAUGAGAGGAAGAGUUGAGUUGAGGCCUUUAAACUCUCUUUGCUUGAGAGCUGAAAUUGACUUGGAUUUAAGUUUCAGCUGUAAAUGUGCAAGAUUUUGUAUAUGAUGGGACUUUGACCCUGUUGUCAUCCAGUGUCAGUUAAUACAAUAAACUUACGUGCAAAAGGCA